AUGAACAGGAAACUUGAUAAUAUAUAUAAUAGCGAGGCUGGUUCCUUGUUAAUUAAUGCCGAGCAAUACUUUGGGCAAUUAGACAUUGAAGAUUCCAAGACAAGUUCAGGAAGAUUUGAGGAAGUUUAUGUUACAAUUUGGAGUCCGAACCCUGAAGCUCUAGACCAUGUGUGA